AUGCUUCUCACUCUUCCCAUCGAGCUGGUCCGGCUAAUUUUGCGAAGCUGCGAUCCUCCAACCUACCUGCAGACGGCUUUCUGCAACCACCUUCUUUUCAGCAUUGCAUCACAGAGCCGUGAUCUGAUUCUCCAUCAGUUGCAUCAGAGUCCUGGUCGGAAUGAUGGAGUUGAGUCUCUAACAACAUAUGAGCUUUUCCGAAAUUUAAUGACCCGAGCCUGUCAGGAGUUGUUUGGUAUUGAACAUGAUGGAGAUCGCAAGCUCUUCGAUUUCCAAGGCCAAGUGAUCGACGGCCGAGCAUCGACACUAGAGACUGCAGGUACUCGGGACCGGGUGCUGCUUGCCUUCCAAGGCCAUGGGACAGUCUAUUUUCUCACGGUACGCGAUAGAGGCUUGAUUCUGGAACGUCGAGUCGAGUUGCCUGCGAAGUGCUUCGGAAACGUCCAGAUUCUUCAUACCGCCUUUGAUCCUCACGGUAUCUAUGUACUUCAUCGAUUCAAACCACUCAUUGAUCGAGAUCUGGAUACCGAGCAUCCUUUCGUCAAGCGGGCCUUGAAAUCCAAUGCUCAUGGAAAAAUCUUCCUGUCUUACCAUGAACUGAAAUCGACAACGAAAAGAAUUCGGCUCUAUGCCUUUCCUGACCAUAAGGACUACGAGCCUCUUGCUCUGGCUGUGCACGAGAGAAAGUUUGCCAUAUCUUGGCAACACUUGAAUCAUUCCCAUGAUCAUCAAGUUGUGCAUUACGAUGCAUCUUACGGAGGCUAUGACAAGGAGGGCGAGGACAACGAGCUGGAGAGUCGAGAGACGGGGGAUCCUACGGGGGAUCCUCAAAUCACCUGUUCUCCCUACGAUUCUUUCGUUCUCACAGAGGUGAACGACCAGGGGCCUAGCGACGCCGCACUGGAAGGGAAAGGACCAACUGUGAAGUUGGCCUUCAACGAUCGAGGCUACCAAAUGCUCCACUAUUACAGAGCUCAUACCCUCUAUAGCUCUUUUCAAAGAAUCCGCUUUCUCCCGGGGAUGGGCGAGCACCCUGGCGUGCGCGAUAAUGCAUGUAACGUGCAGUUCUCGGACUCACUCACUUUGAAUUUCUCAAUCGGAAUACCCUUUUUCGGUACCCAUCAACCCGAUGCUGAGACCCAGGGGCUGCGUUGUCGUUGGAAAUACCUCGCUAUAGGGAUUGCGACCCACAGGGUGGAGCAUUGGACCGUGGCAUGCCUGCUAAAGUCUGAAGCGGCCUGUAUGGCUAUUACCUGUGGGCAUGUCCUAAACCUUGACCGUGGGAGACGGUAUGGCUCUUGGGAAAUCAUGGCGCAGCUCGGAGGAUUCCAAGAAUCGAGCACUUCGCACGGAUCUCUUAUUGCAGCUUCGACUCGCGGCACUCGUAUCGCCAUUGUUAGCUGGAAGACCGUUCAUAUCUGGUCGCUGGAGCCGAAUGUGGUAAUCGAAGGCGAGGACGACUUCUACCCCCAGUCGUGGCAAUCACCCUAUGGCUUUCCGGAGUUGAAGCCUGCUACAGUCCAACUCGAUGCUGUCUGCCACCAACUGCGGUUUACGGAUAGCGAAGACGAGCUCGUUGCCAUCACUGACCGAGGGCUCCUAGUCAUGAGUCUCAGAGUCAAUGGGAAGGGAGUACGGGUUGUUGAUAGUCGAAGCGAUUGGAUCGUGGAUGAAGAGAUCGGGCAAACUGUAGCUGGGUGA